AUGCCAUAUAAUGGACCAGUCACAAGCGGAAGAAAAGGAAAUGAAAGAACAGUCCUCAACUCUACUCAACAGAAGCAAUAUCUCACUGUCCCAUCUGAAAAUGAAAUUCAUCGCGCUGGUCUACCGACUCAAACGGAUAACGACGACAAAAACACUGCAUGCUUCCGUGCUUGCACCUGCAUCGCCAUCGCUUUCAUUGUUUGUGUGCUCAUGAUUUUUGUGUAUGUGAUUCUUAUCACCAAAUUCAGCGCAGAGCCAUCAAUCAACAACGACAGUCUCCUUGCAGCGCUCAUCGAGCCACGACAUUCCUAA